ACAGCUUGGUUGGAUUGGGUCGAACACUCUUGACAGUCGAGCGAAAAAUUUGGUGGGCUCUUCCACAGUUGUGCAAAAAUCGUCAUCUGCGAAUCGAAUGGUCAAUUUUGGUACCGUUUUCAUCCUGGAGCCGGACAAUUUCUAGCGCAUUUCCUGCUGCACUGGUUACGCUAGCAGCCGAGCUCCAACAUGGCCGGCCGAGGAAAAACCAACAUAAACAUUGAGGAGAAUGUCCGCAUCGCCAUCCACUAUAUGAUCGACAAAUUCGUCCAGGACGAGAAGUUGAACGAGUUUGACUUUCCUGCCACAUUUACCCGGGAGCACCGGGCCUACAUUCACGAUUACGUCAAGAACAAAUCGCUCAAGUCCCGAUCCCAUGGGAAAGGAAACCUACGCUACCUGACGAUCUACAAAUCGAACAUCCUUUCCCUGAUCCACGAUGACGCCAGCUUGGACAUCAGCGAGAACUCGCAGAAAACGAUUGAGAUGAUCCUUCAGAAGCAGGGCCCUUUUCAGAAGGAGAUUGCAGAUAACUAUGCCCGGCGCAAGUUGUACGCCAGCUUGACAUCGUACAGUUUGAACCUGGGAUCGCCGAACAAUUCCAUCAAGUGCGUCCCACCGCCAAUGAACUCCAGCAUGCAGGUCCUCCAAGAGAGACUUCGGUUGCCGAUUGCCCCCUUCAGGGAUACCAUCAUGAACUGCUUGGCGCAGAAUCAGGUUAUGAUCGUUUCGGGUAGCACUGGUUCCGGUAAAACUACCCAGAUUCCGCAGUUCAUCCUCGAAACUGCUACGCAGCAGAACGAAGUAUGUCGAAUAAUUUGUACGCAACCGAGACGAUUGUCCGCCAUCACCGUGGCCGAUCGAGUAAGCUACGAGCGGAACGAACAACUCGGGCAAACGAUCGGCUAUCAGAUCCGCCUGGAAAGUCGACUAAGUCCGAUCACCAAUCUUAUUUUUUGCACAAACGGCGUUCUCCUGCGGUGUCUGAUGGGCAAAAAUUCCACCAGUAUUCUGAACGAUGUGACACACAUAAUCGUGGAUGAAGUCCAUGAACGCGAUCAGUAUUCGGACUUUUUGCUGAUUUCGCUGAAAGAGAAAGUCCUGCAGCAUACGAACAUCAAAGUUAUUCUCAUGUCUGCCACCAUCGAGUCCAAUACAUUUUCGCGCUACUUCAACAAUUGUCCACUGAUCGAAAUCCCCGGAAGGCUGUUCCCGAUCGAGAACUAUUUCCUGGAGGAUGUUCUGUUCCGAAUCGAUCGCUACAAUGCCAAGAUCGACGAAGUCAAACGACAGUUCAAAAGCACACCUGACUUUGCCAGAUCGCUGGCACAGAAUCCUCACCGGACGGAGUCGGUCAAUACGGCCAAUAUGGACGACGAGACGAUUUUGCUGAUGAACGACAUACUGGAGGUAUGCUGGAUCGAGAACAAUCCGGACGAUUUCAACCACUUUUUCUAUUUGGUUGAGGACGAGAACAAUCCGAUCAAUUUUCAGCAUACGGAAACGAAGAUGACGGCACUGAUGAUUGCUGCAGCAAAAGGGUACACAAAUGUAGUGAAACGAUUGGUGGACAUGGGAGCGAAUCCGAUGAUCAAAGGCAAGCACAAUUUCACUGCCCUGGAUUGGUCGGUCAAUAUCAAUGGGCAUAAUGCUUGCACGCAGAUACUGGAGAUGGUUACUCAUCCUCAGCAACAGCUCCAGCAGCAGCAACCCCAGCUGCAAACCCCUCCUAGACAGCUUGCCAAGGUACUGCUCGACGUGUACCACGGCACGGUGAAUGACGAGAAGGUUGAUCAUCGCCUAAUUUUGGAUAUCAUCAAGUACAUCUGCCUGAAACUGUCGCCGGGAGCGAUCCUUGUUUUCCUUCCUGGUUACGAUGAUAUUCUUGAGCAGUACGAAAUGUUGAAUUGCGGUCUCAGUGGUACGUCAAACUUUCGAAUCUACAUGCUGCACAGCAAUAUGCAAACGAAUGAUCAGAAUGCUGUGUUCAAGCCGGUUCAACCGAACACUCGUAAGAUCAUCCUGUCCACAAAUAUCGCAGAGACCUCGAUUACCAUCGAUGACGUCGUAUAUGUGAUUGACAGCGGAAAAGUUAAACAAAAGCACUACGAUUCGGUGACAUCGACAACUUCCUUGACGGCGACCUGGAUCUCGCAGGCAUGUGCCACGCAACGAGCUGGUCGAGCGGGACGAACGAAGCCAGGUGUCUGUUUUCGGCUUUUCAGUCGACAGAGGUUUGACGCGAUGGACAAGUUUACGCUGCCGGAGAUCCUACGAGUUCCUUUGACGGAAAUUUGCUUGCAAACGUCGAUUAUUGCAAGCCAUACUUCGAUUCUGAACUUCUUGAGCAAGGCCAUACAGCCACCGUCUACGAUGAGCAUCAAGCAAAGCAUUAAGCUACUGCAGAAGUUGGGCGCUUUGGAUGACGACGAGAACUUGACAGAACUGGGACUGAUUCUGGCGGACUUGCCAGUGGAUGCCCGAUUCGGGAAGAUUCUGUUGUUCGGGAUAUUUUUGAAGUGCAUCGAUCCGGUGCUGACCAUCGUCAGUGCGCUGAGUGUGAACGAUCCUUUCGUGCUGCCGACGACUGCUCUGGAUAAGGAUAAAGCGUCCAAGCUGAAGCGGGACAUGGCGGAGGAUUCGUACAGUGAUUGUUUGUGCUUGCUGAGGGCUUUCCAGAAGUGGAAUGAGCUUAAGCCGUCAAUGAAGGAGCGUCAGUUCUGCAAUCGCUUCUUCCUUAAUUCGGGCACGAUGGACACUAUUGGAAGCCUUCGGAGUAAGAUUCUCGGCCAUUUGCGUUCGGUGGGUUUGGUGAAGAGUUACGGGUCCGGCAAUAUCCAGGAUCUAAACCAGAACUCCGACAACUGGCCCGUGGUAAAAGCCUGCUUGGUAGCCGGUUUGUAUCCCAACAUCUGCCGUGUGGAUAAGGAAAAUGCCACAAUCAAAACCCGCAUCGAUAAGAAGAUAAGUCCUCAUCCCAGCUCUGUCAUCAGAGACAAAUCGUUGAAGAAAAACAAAGAAAGCAUCCUGUCUCUACCAUCGGAAUGGAUCGUAUUCGAGGAGAAGACGCGAGCGGGAAUUCACUGCCUGAUUAAGUGCAAUACGGUUGUAGCGCCGGUUACUAUCGCGCUAUUUUGCGGUCCUCUGUUUUUGAACGAAGAAGAGUCGCUUAUCUCUUGGAAAGAUUUGGAUGAAUCCAAUUCGGAUAACGACGAGCAUGACAUGUCAGACAAGAGCAAGUUAAUCGUGGACGAUUGGAUUAACUUUGCCGUGGAUAGCAAUUUCGGAACUUCGGUGUUCCAUUUUCGGCACAAGCUGAGUGCGCUCUUCCUCAAGUUCAUCAGCCAUCCGAGAUCAUAUCAGCCGAAUGCGAACGACUUGUACCUGUUGAACUCGGUGGCCCAGCUGCUGAAGGACGAAGACCGCCACCUGGGAUUCGUAGGCCACACCAACAUUGGCCAGAAGCCUCGACCUGUGAUACAGAACCACCUGAAUGCGACUAAUGGUUUGGGAAGUGCGUUCAAUUUCUCAGUGAACGAUUUCAAAUUGGCUGCCAGUAGUCACAACAAUAACAGCAGCAGCAGCAACAAUGGCGAUGCGAGCAGCAGCCACAAUACCAACAACAAACAUCAUAACAGGAAUCAGCAGCACCACCACGGGAGGGGAGGCAAGCAGCACAAUAAUAAUCGAAAAGGGGAACCCAAGGUCCGGUACUUCAUAGUGCAUGCGUCGUCUAUAAUGCAGGUCGAGCUGAUAACCGAGAGUCCUGAUGGAUGGAGUUUCUCAUCGUCGUUGCAACCGAAACUGAUAAAAUUGUUGAAGAAACAACCGCAUCUCAGCAUCAUCCUAUUUUUCCACAUAUCACAGAGCAAAUGCUUCUACGGAGCAGGUCGAUUGACAUUGGUUGCCAAUCGAACCCAUCUGAAUCUGUUUUCCAAGAGCACGGUCUCCUUUGAAACGCUAAGUACCUUCGAGAAAAGCUUCAUGCGAGGAAGAGUACUGGAAGAAUACCUCGACGGAGAGGAGCUGUCGCCCUCCAGCGGGCAUGAGUUGAAGGAAUUUUUCAAGUAGAUCUUGAAGCUUCUCACUCUCUACUACUUAACAGCGUACUUUACAACUCAUGUCUACAUCCGUAUUAGCUGAUAUACAAAGAAGAGAAAAACAAAGGUUGCAAUGAUAUUCAAAUUUCAACACUGUAACAUAAAGUAAUUUUAUCAAAAAAUGGUAUGGUAAAACAAGGUAACAAUUUCGCAUUCGCAACAGAAUACAAAGUUAUAAAAGUAAACAUUAGAGAUAUGAGUAAUAAUGUAAAAACAAAACUAUUAGCAUUCAGCGAUUGUUAGAACACGAAUUCAUACGUGAACGUACACGCAACAUGCAUACAAUUCUCUCUCUAUGGUUAUCUUGUUUGGAUUAUUGUAUCUCAAGACCCGUAUGAACAAACGAAUAAACUGAGUAAUGUUAGAUAUUCGAUUUGAAUCCAAGUAAUAAAGAUUAACGCCGUAUUACCUACAAACAAAACACGGAUUAAUUGCAAUUCUUGAAUAAUACGGCAAUUGCGGACAAUUGCAAUUCUCGAAACCCAGAAUACAAAGAAAAAGCUGCAAAUGUACUGUUUAAUUUAAAUUAAAUUAAAUUGUAAAAGUGGAAUAAAACUGAAAACUUUUAAAGUUAUCAAUGUGAAAGAACGACAAGUUAAAA